CUGUAGUCUACACAUUCUCACAUAUGUCUUCUUUUUUUCCAGGUGGGAGAGAGCAGUGUGUAGUGUAGAUGCAAUGGCAUCAUCAGUGGAGCGGUUGUUGUGGUAUACAAACUGCAGUGAGUCCAGUGAGGCAGGCAGCACAGAGCAGAUGUAAUCUCUGAUUAGUCUCUCAAAGCAUUUGCUGAUGAUGGGGGUCAGAGCAACAGGACGGCAGUCAUUUAAGCAAGUGAUUUUGGAUUGCUUUGGUACAGGUACAAUGGUGGACGUUUUAAAGCAUGUGGGGACCACAGACAAGGAGAGGGAAAGGUUAAAAAUGUCUGUAAAAACACCAGCCAGUUGGUUCGCGCACGCUCUGAUGACAUGGCCCGGAAUGCCAUCUGGACCCGUGGCUUUACGGAUAUUCACCUGUCGGAAGGAUCGGGUUACAUCCGCUACAGAGAUGGAGCGAGAUCUCUCCAUGAAGGCGGUGUUAUUUCCCUCGAAACGAGCAUAAAAAUUAUUAAGCUCAUCUGGGAGAGAGGCAGUGGUGUUCAUGGCGGAGUUUUUAUUCCCUUUGAAGUCCGUAAUGAUAUUAAUUCCCUGCCACAUGCUUCUAGAUUCGGUGGUGUUGAACUGUCCUUCAAUCUUGUCCCUGUACUGCCGUUUGGCUGUUCUAAUAGUUUUGCGGAGGGCAUAACUGGCUUGUUUAUGCUCCUCCGCGUUCCCGGAAUCAAAAGCGGAGGUCCGCGCAUUAAGUACCGCACGAACAUCGCUAUUAAUUUUUGGUUUUUGGUUAAGGUAGAUCUGUAUAGUUUUGGUCGGUACUACAUCAUCUAUGCACUUCCUGAUGAAACAUGUUACGGUAUCAGCAUAGACCUCGAUGUCGUCAUCAGAGGCAGACCGGAAUAUCUCCCAGUCCACGUGAUCAAAACAGUCUUAUAGCAUAGAAUUUGAUUGGUCCGACCAGCACUGGAUCGUUCUGAGGGCAGGUGCUUCUGGUUUCAAUUUCUGCCUGUUUCUGCCUGCCGAAUUUGUCAAAUGGUGGGUGGGGGAGGGAUUUGUAGCCAUCCCGGAAGGGAGAGUAGCAACGGUCCAAAACCCGGUCCCCUCAUGUGUUGGUAGUAUUUCGGUGCUACCAACACAUCAUAAGGUUAUAUAUAAAGAUCUAUGUUAUCUGUUUAAUUCAAAAGUCUCUUGCUUCAUUAAUUUUCUCUGUGAAUGUUCUGAAUUCAACAAAUGCCUGAAGCAUGUUCAGAGUGCUACAUGAGCAAAUGACACUCAUUUGAGUGUCACUGAAUUGAAUUGAAUCUUUAUUGUCAUUGUAUAUGUACAACUCUCAUUGCACCCGUACAACGAAAUUACACUUGCAAAUUCCUUAGAUGCUGUAGAUCAAUAAAAAUUAAAAAUAAGAAAUAGUAAGAUUUUAUAUAUAUAUAUAUACAACACAAAAACAUGUGAUGGCAUGGGUGUGUGUGGUCCUUGUAGAUGCUGAUAGAGUGGCAGACAGAAAGAGAUGGGGGAGGAGAGACAUAGGUAGGGAAAUGAGAGGAAGGCAUAACAAUCAAAGGGGGUGGAAAAGGGUUAGCAUGACAAACCAGUCAGGCAAGUUCUUAUUACAGUGGAGAAACAUCAUAGAAAAAUGACAGACUGCAGGGAGUGAGUGUGUGAGAGAGAGCAUAGAAGCACAUGAGAGAGAAAAUAGUAAGGCAGGAUGGGGUGCACCUGUUCUCUCAAACGUCUGAGGGAAAGAGCAGUCCUCUAAGGAUUUGUGGAAAGCUUUGACCACCUGACAGAACCAAAUAAGGAGCAGAGGGACUCAAAACCAUCUACUGCAGUACAGUAGCUCUCUUUGGAUCCAGAGACCGUGAUACAACUAUCAAAGGAGCAAGAGAGUCAAGCUGAAAAUUGUUGUUCUCCUUCACAACCCUUGGUUACAAACACAUUUAUUCCUGCUUAUUUGAAAUACUAUUUAAAGUAUAACAAUGGUGGUAAAAUAUAACCCUUGAUUACUUCACAAAUACUGCCACUGAGACAGGAAAAGUUACUAUUGUUUUGAAAUCCAUGCAAACGGGAAUAUGGACAUUUUUGAACUAGCUACUGAAAAUGCAUUAGCAACCAACCUUUUAUUCACAUUGUAAUGAUUAUCAUGUAUGUCAUUCAGUGACAUUUAAAAGCAUGAAUUUGCAUACUCAAUCAACUUUUGUACAUCAAUUUCCUGAAUCAGACACAACUGGCAGCAUAACUAAAGAUACAGUAUCAUCCAAUAGAACGGCAGCACAAGGACGAGGUCAGUCUGUGAAGCCCAUUGGCUCUGCAGCAGCUAGAUUCCAAAUCCGCUCUGCUAAAACACUUCAGCACAGGCCUGAACCUACUACCAAAGACCUCCGGACAAUAUUUAAUGUUUUUGAGGGUGGGAAAGCUGAGAGCACACGCAGAAAAAGUGAUCCAAGUAAGGAUGAGCUCCACAAAGAUUAUACUUCUUCUGCUAGUUGUAAACACACUGACAUUGAUUACACAGAGACCCCUAAGACUGUAGGUAUUCAAGAGGACGAGAGUCAGAAUGGAAGUGAAAGGAGCAGUGAAGCACUGAGGAGAUUUUAUAAGUCAAACAGAAGCAAAAGCUUAGACUGGAGAGGAGUGGCUAGUAAAGCAGAACUUGGAAACAGAACAGGGAUAACUAGCAGAAACAGAGAUCAUAAGUUUAUAAGGCGUGCUGAUAGUUUAGAGGGACAGGGGGCAAACAACAAGAUAACUUCACAGACAGAAGAGUAUCAGCCUAAUAGUAUUUCAUGGAGGAUAAAAGCUUACAAUGCAGCCAGUCAGUGUGAUCAGAACAGUGACAAAAAGGCUUACCCAAUCUCUGUACAAACACCUGUGAGAAUGAGCCAGGUUACACUUGCUCUUGAACGGGCAAGCAGUGGCCAGUCACUACCUGCUAGACUUAAACCAAGACAUAGCCAAGGCUCUACUGGAGAAGGUAGCAAUCCCUGGGUACAGCUGAAACAAGGUGAAUCCAGUUUUGAUCAGACAGGCAACAGAAAGGGAUCCUGGGCAAGAGAGCAAGGACUCACGAAUACUGAGGAGGUGACAGGAAACCAAACGAUAAUGGAAAGAAUUAAAAAACUAUUUGGGGCAAGUUUAACCGAUGACAAGUCUGAUGCAAACCUAAAGGUUUCUAUCAGGCUAAAACACAACAGUACUCCAAAUUCGGAUAGAUCAUUUUCCUUCUCUGAUCCUGUGGAUUCCAUCCCUAGUUGCAGAAAGUCCACCACUGAAUCCGAGUCUGGAACUCCUUCUCCUUCUUCUGACAUUCAACAGAGUAGACUUUUUUACAGUGUAGACAAAGCUAGAACAUUCCCAAGACAGUUUUCAAAAAAUGAAAAGACAUUCUUUGGUCAGAUGCAAGAACCAUCAACCAACUUGGAGAACGAAAAUGAUAAAAAAGAUGCUUCUUCUGGAUUAAGUGUUCCAGUGUCAUCAAAGCCUAAAUGGAGCAUGGAAAGAUUAUUUGAGAAAAAAAAUCAAUCAAUUCUACCUGCAGACAAUGAAGAAAUUAGUAAAAUGUGGUGUGCAUGGUCUCCAGAGUUCUGUAGUCGAUCCUUAGAAAGGACCAAGAAUAGGCUUUCUGCAACUGCUCAAUCCAGAGGUUGCAAGAUACAGUCCACAUCUUAUGAAGGUAGUCCCACAAGUCUCUCAAGUCAAGGUGUCAACCAUUUGAUAACCACUUCAGAAGACAAACAAUCAGACAAGGUGACUACAAAAGCAAGUCCAAAAACAUUAGACCUAAGUGAAAGAAAAUAUCUUGGAUUGCAGGUAACCAGUUAUUCUGACAAAGAUCAGAUCACCCAACCCAAAUCCCCACUAGCCUCAAAAGGAUUAGCAAAGAGUGAAAUCCAUGAAGAGGACGUUUUUACAGUUAAGACGGAAGGAAGGAAAUUAGAUGGUGUGCUAGAAGAAUCCUGUGUACCUACCCUGGAUUCUGUGAAGAAUACAAUCAAUAAAUUUGAAGCCUUGGCUCAACAAAGCAAAAAUAAACACCAAAUUCUACUUGUCAGGAGGGCCUUAUCUGUGCCAGAGCCGCCAAAGCCAGUGGCUCUUGUGAAAAAAAGUGAUUCAGAUAGAAAUCUACAUUAUAGUAGAGUUGUAGGGAACACAGAAGGUCUAAGAACAAAUCUAAAUAGUAAAUGUGAUGCCAGUGAGGAGACAAAAGAUCUAAGUAGAACUCCUCAGUCAGUUUCCACAGUGAAAGUGAGACCAACAUUAGAACAAAGUAGAGAGACAAAAGAGAGUGUUGAGAGUCCUCUGACACUGAAACAACUAAAUGAACCAAAGACUGACCAAGACGUCACCAUUUGGGAUAAAAAUGAAAGGAGGACUGUGCAAAACAAACACAUAGAUGAACCAGAUUUUGCCAUCCCUACUUGCUUAGGGCUCAGAAAAAUAGAGGCAAUGAAAGGAAAAGCAAGGAAUCCAAUUUCUCAGUCUACAAUCACUCAAAAGUCAAAUGCCAAAAGUUCAUUGAUAAAGCAACAAAGCAUUAAUGUAGAAAUGGAUGAUGACAAUGAUGACACACCCACUAACUCUCCUGAUAGAGCCACUCUCACAAUAAGCAUUCAGAGGCAGAGUUACCCCGCAACACCAGAUCGAUCUGAAGAAAGUCAAACCUCAGGAUGUUCAGAUGUAGGUGUUUCCACUCCAGUUAAGUCAGCAGUCUUAACAGUCAAUGGUACCCAUGGAACAGUGCCAUCCAGUUUGUCUCACAGUUCUAUUUCUUCUAUUCCCGUCCAGACAAUCUCACUCAAUAAUUCUAAUAAUAAUAACUAUGAAACAACAAGGAAUGAUUCAAACAUAUUUAGUGCUAGUAUGGCUAGGUGGAGCUCCGAUGAGGAAGACGAUGAUGAUGAGGAUGAUGAGGAAACAGAGACAGAGAAAGACUCUGACUCAGGAGAAUCAUCUGUAACCAUCACAAGCAACAUGAGCCAAUCAGAUCGCAGAAGUUUCUCUUUAAGUCUUGUAGAUCUAUGUAAUUUUGGUGGGGUGGACUAUAAACCAUCAGAUGGCAGUGUGUCAGAGGAUGAAGAAGAUUGGCCGUCCACACGCUCUGCCUCCCUGAGCUCAGACAUCUCAGCCUUCUCUUCUGUGACCCUGUUGAGCACUGAUGAACUGGACCGCUUACUGGAUGAUGUCAGGAGUUUGGGAGAUGAUACCCUGCAGAAGUAUGAAGAUGUGCAAGUGGUUGUAUUACACAAGGAGGUGGGGAGUGGUUUAGGAUUUACCUUGGCAGGUGGAGUGGAUCAAAAUAAACCAGUCACAGUGCACAAAGUAAUCCCUGGUGGAGUGGCAGCACAGGAAGGCUCUAUCUUCGAGGGUGAUCGGGUGCUGUCGAUCAAUGGUACUGCCUUGCAAAACUCAGCCCAUUGGGAGGCUCUACGUACGUUGAGAAAAGCAAGGGGGAAGGGCAUGGCAGUCGUGGUUCUUAAGAGAGGUGACCCCAGUGAGUCUCAACACCGCAAAAAAGAGGCCAGGCAAAGACCAGGAAACACAGGCAGGAGAAUACGCGUGACUCUAAACAAGUCCAGAUCUGAUCUUGGUUUUAGUCUGGAGGGAGGGGUGGACUCCAGCUCGGGAGACAAACCCCUCACCGUACAAAAAAUCUUUCGAGGUGGACCAGUCAGUGAGGUGUUUCCUGGGGAUGAGAUGUUGGAGGUACAGGGUCAGAGUUUGGUGGGCAUGAGGCGUCUUGAAGCUUGGAACCUAAUAAAGAAGCUGCCCCCUGGUCCUGUGGAGGUCUUACUAAAUCGACCUCACCAGCCACAUUAAAGAACUUUACUGCACCUCACUUUUCAAAGCACUUUGCAAUACAGUCAUAAUUUAAACACUGGUAUAUUUUAUAUAGGAUAUAAUUUUCCUAUUUUUAUUUUUAUUUUUUUAUUUUUUUUAUUUUUUUUGCUGUUACAGUUUCUAUGAAGUUAUAUUUUUGCAAAUUUUUGUACCAUUUAUCAUAGUGUUCUUGCUUACAAAUUAGGUAACUGUUGAUUAAUACUGCCAAAAUUCAGGACAUGAAACAGCACUGGAGGCCAGUAGGUCAUUUGUUUAAUAUGUCUAAACUGUAUUAUUUAAAAUAUUGGAUAUGCACUCACAUUAUGAAAAUAUAGAUAAUACUAUUACUUUUUUGCUACCAAGUAUGUAUAUAUGUUUGUAUGUACAGAACUGAUCCAUCCCCAUUUAAAACUUUUUUAAAUAUUAAAGCCAAAGUAAGCAGCUUC